AUGACCCAGGACACUAGCGACCUGCUCAAAAACGAGGGCUUCACGGCCGCUGACGUGUGCAUUGGAGCUAGAUGCAAGGGAUACCAGCACUAUGAGGGAAUGGUCAUAGCGCCAUUUUUGUGUCGUGGCUCGAUUGGCGCCCAGGCCGUCUCUGGUACGCCGAAGAAAGACUCUGCUCCAAUUAACGGCUACUUGGUUGGAAUGAACAAUUUGGGCCAACCGGUAAUUGCAGAGGUCCCCAACGCCCUGAAACAAGAUAUGGAGGUGGGCCAACUGCUGGGCUCCCCCUGCUUCCGCAAAACAAUCUUGUGCAAGUCUAUCGACGGAAAGCCUUUGCGGGAGUGGGUUCCAUUUAACUCUUUGUUUGAUGCCAGUUGCUUGGCGGAUGUCAAAGUUGCUUCAUGGAACACGAAGCAAAAGCCAUCCCAGGAGAAUAGAGAGGGACGCGAAAGGGCUGUCGAGAACCGAGUUUUCCAGUCACUUUCUCAAAAUGGUCUUCCCUUCUCCUCCGAGAGCAACCAAAAGCAUGUGCUGGACCCAAUUCUUGUUUUCCAAGGGCAUAAUGACCACAAGUCACGGCGGACUAGGCUUGUCAAUUUGGAAAGCUACAAGUGCGUUGACAAGUUGGCGAAUCAAACUGCCUAUGAAUUCUUCACACUUCCUGCCUUCGGUUUGACAAUGGUGGAUAUUGGCGAAGAUAUCUAG